AUGCGGCCGCCUCGGGACGCCGCCACCACCUUCACGCCCAUGUCUGGAGAGCCUACCGCAACUGCGGCGCCUCCCCCAACUCCGGCAUCGUCGCACCGUCUCAGGACGCUGCUGCCGCCGCCGCCGUCUCUAUGCCUGCAUCUGGAGCACCUCCCCCAACUCCAGUGCCUCCCAUGUGGACCGGCCUCCCACCUCGCCAGCCGGCCUCCCAGGGAGGCUGCUGCAGCUGCAGGGAACACCCACGAGAAGGACCAGACGCGCCCCCACCGCUGGAGCUCGAGACCAGGCCGCGAGCACAUCGACAAUGCUCAUCCCCACAGCAUCCCAGGAACACAACCUUUUGGGAGGACACACCUUAAAGCCAUUGAUGUCAAGAUGAACAAAAUGACUGAUGUCGCCAUGACUCUUUCUGUGGUUGCUUUAUUUGCUGAUGGCCCAACUGCUAUUAGAGAUGCCUCUAAAGUGCCAAAUGCUAUCUGUAUCAUCUUCUCAGGGUUGCAGUCACCAGGGGCUCAAGAAACCUAUGGAACCUCUCAACAAGGCGAAGCUAGUACAGGAAACCAGGGAAUGUUAUCACCCUACAGAUCCAGUUCAUUUCCUGUGCCUCAAUAUGCGUUGCAGAGAGAGGAUGUAUUUCCUGAGAGACCUGAUCAACCAGAAUGCCAAUAUUACAUGAAGACAAGAGGUUGUAAAUUCGGUGCAGUGUGCAAGUUCCAUCAUCCACGGGUCAGAUCACUACCGCCUCCAGAUUGUGUCUUAAGUCCAAUGGGUCUUCCAAUACGUCCCGGUGAAGAACUGUGCAAAUUUUAUUUGCGUUAUGGCAUCUGUAAGUUCGGAGCCAACUGUAAGUUUGAUCAUCCAAUGGCUACUCCAAUGGGAGUCUAUGCUUAUGGUUUCUCAGCCUCAGCUUCUGCAUCUGCAUCAACUAAUGUACCUAUGGCCCGACUCCUUCUGGGAUCCCCACCUGGUUCUGGAUACACAUCCUAGACGCUUGUUUUCAGUUGACCUACUUUGAUGUAUAAAAUCCACCACGCUGUCUCAGGCGCUGUGAAUGUUUCUCCUAACUCCCUGCCGGAAUCAAGUCCUGUAAAUUGAGUUGCUACUGGAGAUGUACAGCCUCUCUUUUUUGUGUUAAUCCAGAUCUUUUGGGAGGAACGCAAUCUGAAUAAUCUUUAAAGGAAGACUGGAACAGUUUCAGUUUUCAGGUGCCUGCACUAUUUGAUUCUAGUGCACUAUCUACCAGUUUGCGAGGUAGGAACUGCUCCGAAUUAAAGGAGCUGAAGCCUGGAGGCGAUCAUUCUUCUGCAGUACUGUACAAAUUAUAUCAUCGCGUGGAUUUAGGCCCUGUUUGCUUACAAGCAAGAUUAUAUAAUCUAGCUUAUGGGUGAUGGGUUAUAUUAUCUGGAUUAUUGUAAAUUUGAGAGAUAAUCUGAGCUGUUUUGCAACAUAGAUUAUUUGAGGCCUAGAUUACUAUUAUAUGAAACAAGCAUGUUUUCAGCAGCUUAUGGACUAUAUUAAUCUAUAGGUGUAGAUUAUAUAAUCUGAUGAAUAAGCUGGA